GAAUAGUCCAGGAGGCGACCAGUCUUAUCCAACCCAAACUCUGGAGCCUUCAACUUCGUUCUUUCUACCAACUACAACUGCGUCCACUUCUGACGUCCUUCCCUUCUCUUCUCUUUUCUCUUUUAUAAAGAAAGUCCAUUCCUUUUCCUGGUCACUCCCUUCUCCUUCUUCCUAUUCGCUUUGUUACAUUCUUUCCCCAGCUUUUUCUUUUCUCCCGGAACCCCCUUCUCGACCAUCGCGUUUCCUCGCCUGUCACCAUGCGUGUUUCUGGCCUCCUUCCCAUCAUUCUGGCCGCUGCCCCGGCUCUGGUCUCGGCCCGUGGUACUUUGGGCUUCUCCCUCGGUGACAAGAAUGCCGACGGUACCUGCAAGUCCACCAAGGACUACGAGUCCGACUUCGACAACCUGAAGAGCCUUGCCACCCUCGUCCGCACCUACUCCGGCACUGAGUGCGAUACCCCUCAGAACAUCAUCCCCGCCGCUAAGAACAAGGGCUUCAAGGUUGUUUUGGGUAUCUGGGUCGGCAAGCAGGACAAGAGCGAUAUGGGCACCAACGAUGCCUCCUUCCAGAAGGACUUUGCCGCUCUCAAGAAGACUGUCCCCGGCAACGAGGACGUCAUUGAGGCCAUCACCGUCGGCUCCGAGACCCUCUACCGUGGCGAUCUGACCGGACCCCAGCUACACAACUACAUCUCCGCCGUCGCCAAGCAGUUCCCCAAGGUUACUGUUGGUACUGCCGACAGCUGGAACAAGUUCGCUGACGGCACUGCUGAUGACCUGUUCACCACCAACACCGAUGCCAACCCCAUGGUGACCUACGUUCUGGCCAACGCCUUCGCUUACUGGCAGGGUACCGCCGCCGACAAGGCCUACAAGACCUACUUCGAUGACAUGUCCGGUGCCAUGACCCACAUUCAGAAGAUUGCUGGCGACAACGCCGACAAGAUCCGUGUGAUCAACGGCGAGACUGGCUGGCCCACUGAUGGUGGCUCUGACUACGAGGCUGCCUUGGCCGGUACCAAGAACGCCGAGACCUUCUGGAAGACCGGUGUCUGCGGCAUGCUCGCCUGGGGCGUUGACCUGUUCUACUUCGAGGCCUUCGAUGAGUCCUGGAAGCCCGCCAGCGUUGGUGACAACGGCAAGCCCAUGGACGAGAAGCACUGGGGUCUGUUCACCGCCGACCGCAAGGUCAAGUUUGACACCAGCUGCCCCAAAUAAGCGUGCAUCUUAAGAUGAUGUGUGCUUGAUUGAGGGAUUUUUUUAUUGGAAUGUUCCCCUUCAUGGUUUGAAAGGGAAUGAAACUCGUAGAUACUGUUAUUUUCAGAUUGUAUCAUGUUUUUGGAAAGCUCCCUUUCGUUGUUCAUCAGUUUAUUACUUUAUUAACCAUUCUCGUUGGGACUCGGGAAUCGCGCAUAGACGAAUUGUUGUUUCUGGUCUGAAAUCCGAAUUGAAUUGUGAUACGGAUGCA